UAAUAUAUUUAAAUCAGUUCCACAAUAAACUCAGACACUACAACUACUCAACGACACAACUAAUACUACAGAAAAAAAAAACAUCGUAUUGAAAGGCAGAAACCCACAAAACUGCCGUAUUUAUUGUUAUCUUUGUUUGGUUGCUUUUUUUUUGUCGUUUUGUGACUGUUCCCUGCAAUGGACACACUACUCGAACACGAAGCCGCGGAUCUCUACGAUGAGCAGCGAAUCGAUCGAGUCGGCGACGCGGUGACCGGAGAUGCAGGCGAUGACUCCGAUGACACAUUGGAGGAUGGACAGCAGCAGCAGCAGCAGCUCCUGGGAGUCAAUCGUCAGAUGGACAUACUCCUGGACGCUCCGCAAGAGCCACCGAUGGCUGUGUUUCCGGCGAGAGGAGGCCCAAACGGAGGACCGCCACGUCUGCGCAAGAAACGGAGUUUCUACACCAUGGUCAAGCCAACUCCGCCGUGCCAAAGUCGGGAGCCGGAAAUGUGCCGCCUGAUGGCCAGUGUCACGCGGGCAAUGCGCCAAGUUCGCGAGGAUCAGCGAGGCGAGUACUUUGCUAAUUACCUGGUCGAGAACAUGACCAGUCAGAACUACCCGAACGGUGUGGGUCUGCCACAGCAUUGGGGUGAGUUCUGAUUCGCCAUGCUUCCCCGCCAUUCAUCCAUUGAUCAUAAGAGCAGGACCUCUCUUGAACCUCGGAAGAUCGAGCCAGCUCGUUGGGAUCCCAUCUUACACGAUGUACACUUACAUAUAUCUGCCAACACUUGAUAUGCAUCCUUACACCACCGUUAUCUUUCCUCCCAGACCACUGCCACACUGAGAUAAAAAACCAAAAAAAAGGUUACUUUACUUACUUGGGGUUUAAAACUGUUUGCGGUUCAAUCUUUAUUCAAUAAACAACACGGCUUAUUAAACUUAUAUUUUCAUAUUUGGUUUUCCAGUUACUGUUUUCCAAAUUCUUUCCCCACAAUUGUCAACAAUUAACAAGACUUAUAAGCAACAAAAAAAAAGUUUACAGUUAAUAAAAGCGCUUUCUGUGAAUAAAA